UUCUUUUCCUUUUUCCUAGGUUCCUUCGUUCCUGUGUGCCUGAAAUUAAUUCCCUUUGGGGUCGGGCGAGGAGAGAGGUUCUUUUCCCCGUUCUGGCCUCAGACAUGAUUAAGACCGCGUUGCUCAAGAUUUCAUUUCAUUGUCGACUUAGGAGUGGCGUUUGUUGCGGGUUGGUGUCCUUUCACGAUUAGUUUUCAGCUACUCUGCUUCAGUGCGCAUUACCUUGAGGCUGAAUUUCAGAGAUCCUUCGGCACUUUUUGGUCGAUCAAUGGGAUUCCUUGGAAGCUUCCUCAACUUGGUAGUGCCACCAUCAGCUGCUGUGACGUUGCUGUUAGUCUGGCCGGUGCUGGCUCUCUACAAAACUAUGAUGUGGUGGUUGUCAUGGGUAUUGUAUGAGGACAUGCGAGGAAAAGUCGUACUAAUCACAGGAGCAUCAUCUGGAAUUGGAGAGCACAUAGCGUAUGAGUACGCGAAGAAGGGGGCUCGCCUCGCGCUCGUGGGACGGCGGGAGAAUUUGCUCAUGGAGGUUGCAGACAGGGCGAUAACGAGAGGGGCAUCAGAUGUGAAGGUCUUAGUCGGAGAUGUCACGAAAGAGGCAGACUGCAAACGUUUUCUAGAAGAAACGAUUCAAAAAUAUGGCCGGCUGGACCAUCUGGUGAACAACGCUGGAGUUGCUCACAGCUUCUUCUUUAGCGAGACAAAGGAUUUGAAGGCGCUGACAUCAACUUUGGACACAACAUUCUGGGGUCAAGUGUACAUGACGUACUUUGCAAUUCCGCAUUUGCGGCGCACACAUGGCAAGGUUCUCGUUAUGGCGUCUACUGCGAGCUGGCUGCCAUAUCCACGGCAAACACUAUACAAUGCUGGAAAGGCAGGUGUGUUAGCUUUCUUUGACACAUUACGAGUAGAGGUUGGUGACGUAAUUGGUAUCACCAUAGUCAUGCCGGGAUGGAUUGAAAGCGAGAUCACUAAAGGCAAAUUUAUACAUGAAGAUGGCGACAUAUGGACAGACCAGAUGGAACGAGACAUGCAUAUCGGUCCAGUGCCCGUGACAUCGGUAACUGAAUGUGCCAACGCUGCAGUGAAGGGCGUUAUUAGAGGCUCCCAUUAUGUGACGGUUCCAUUUUACUACUCUGCGUUUCUCUUAUACCGAAUGUUUGCUCCUGAAGUCUUGGAUUGGAUAUUCCGACUUAUUUUUGUUAAACAUCCCCAGAAGCCUCUGAGCAAACAGGUACUGAAAGCCUCAGAGGUUCACAGGGUUUUGUACCCAACAAGUAUUCAGAAGGCAGAUUAAAUCAUCAGAUCAUGAGACAGGUUGAUCUAUUCAGAGCUUUAGAAGGUUCAAACAUAAAAUGGGAGCAUAAUUCAUUUGAGAUGUUACUGUUCUAUUUGACUGCAUCUCACAUUGUAUGUGAUCUCCAUGAGUAAAAUUGGUGCUGCAAUUUACUAUC